GGCAGGCAGCCUCGCGGGCGGGCAGGGCGGCCGGAGGAAGAGCCCGCGGCAGGGGAGGGAUGCGGGAGCAGGGCAGCGGAGCCGGGCGGGACUGAGCCACCCGCAGAGCGGAGCGGAGCGGAGCGGAGCGGGGCUGCCCUGCUCCCCGGGCCGGGCUGCCCGCAUGGCUCCCGGGCACUCUGCGGAUUGUGGGGGCUGCUGCUGCUGAGCAACCAUCCAUCGUUCUAAACUCAGCCUCAACUUAGCGCAGCAGGCAAGGAUGGCAACGCCACUGGAGCUUUGGAGCUGCCAGGAGAGCCGGGGAACCUGGGUUUUGGUCGCCGCUGUCUAAUAAAUGGGAGUAAAAUGGAACUUCUUACCUGGGUUUUUCCUGCCUUGGUUCUACUGUGCACCCAACAGCACAGGUGUAUCAGAGCCAUGAGUGACAUCGGAGACUACAUCGGUUCCAACAUCGAAAUCUCCUGGCUGCCCAACCUGGAUGAUUUAAUGAAAGGCUACGCUCGGAAUUUCAGGCCUGGCAUUGGAGGUCCCCCCGUUAACGUGGCCCUGGCCAUCGAGGUAGCCAGCAUUGACCACAUCUCAGAGGUGAACAUGGAAUACACCAUGACAGUGUUUCUGCACCAGAGCUGGCGAGACGAGCGCCUGUCGUACAACCACACCAACGAGACUCUGGGCUUAGACAGCAGGUUUGUGGACAAGCUCUGGUUGCCAGAUACUUUCAUAGUCAAUGCCAAGUCUGCCUGGUUCCAUGAUGUGACUGUGGAAAACAAACUGAUCCGGCUGCAGCCAGAUGGAGUCAUUUUAUACAGCAUCAGGAUCACCUCCACAGUGGCCUGUGACAUGGACCUGUCCAAGUACCCCAUGGACGAGCAGGAGUGCAUGUUGGACCUGGAGAGCUAUGGCUACUCCUCGGAGGACAUCGUGUACCACUGGUCAGAGAACCAGGAGGAGAUCCACGGGCUGGACAAGCUGCAGCUCGCCCAGUUCACCAUCACCAACUACCAGUUCACUACAGAAAUUAUGAACUUCAAAUCUGCAGGGCAGUUUCCCAGGCUCAGCCUCCACUUCCAGCUGCGGCGGAAUCGAGGAGUUUACAUCAUCCAGUCCUACGUCCCCUCCAUCCUCCUGGUGGCCAUGUCGUGGGUGUCCUUCUGGAUCAGCCAGUCGGCUGUGCCUGCCAGGGUGUCCUUAGGAAUAACCACUGUGCUCACCAUGACCACGCUGAUGGUGAGUGCCCGCUCGUCCCUGCCUCGAGCCUCUGCCAUCAAGGCGCUGGACGUUUACUUCUGGAUCUGCUACGUGUUCGUGUUCGCGGCGCUGGUGGAGUACGCCUUCGCUCACUUCAACGCCGACUACAUGAAGAAGCAGAAGAACAAGCUCAAGGCGAGGAGGCAGAGUGCAGAGAUCAACGUGAAGAACGCCAUCGUUCUGUUCUCCCUGUCCAUAGCCGGGGUGAGCCAGGAACUGGCCAUUUCCAACAGGCAGCACCGAAUUCCCCGGGGCCUGCCUGGAUCCUACGGCACCAUAGAAAUAGAAACUGGAGAGACCAAGCAGCGGCAAGGCAUGAAACUGGAUAAAAAGACUGGCCUGAAGUCGCUGUUCAAGCCCAUCGACGCCGACACCAUCGACAUUUACGCCAGGGCCGUGUUCCCAGCGGCCUUCGCGGCUGUCAACGUCAUAUACUGGGUGGCCUACACGAUGUGAGACCCCAA